AUGACAUCCACCAAAGUUGAAGCACCGGCCACCGAGAGCCAAGAGCCUCAAUACAACAACGUCGACCUCGUGCAUUUUGAGCCUCGCCACUAUGGCGACUGGCGCGAUGAGUUCCAUCAAAAUGGAUGCGUCGUGAUCAAGAAUGUCAUCAGCCCCGAGCGUGCAGAGUACUACCGCGACAAGCAAAUCCAAUGGCUGAAGAAGUUCGAGCUUGGAUUCGACGAGAACGACGAAAGCACCUGGACAGCGAAGCAUCUACCCGUGAGCUUCAAGGGAGGCAUGUACUUUGCCUAUGCAGCGCCCCAUGAAAAGAUGGCAUGGGAAGCGCGCACCGAGCCCGCAAUCGUGGAGAUCUUCGAAAAGCUCUGGGAAACCAAGGAGUUAAUCUCCAGUUUCGAUGGAAUGAACAUUUCCAUGCCUCGACGCAAAGAUCUAAACUGGAGUCCCUGGCCCCAUUGCGACCAGAACCAGAACCGCAAAGGAAUGCAAGCCGUCCAAGGCCUUCUCAACUACGCGCCCAACGGGCCCAAAGAUGGUGGCCUCAUGCUGAUGAAAGGCUCAUCGAAACUAUUCGAUGAAUUCUUCAAGCAUAAGCGCGAAUCAUUCGAUCACGAAGAUGCCCCUCCCCCCGAGAUCAAGUACAUGGACUUGUUCCUGUUCAGCGAGAAAGACGUCAACUGGUUCAAAGAGCAGGGAUGUGAGCUGAUCAAGGUCAACAUGGAGCCAGGCGACUUUGUGCUCUGGGAUUCGCGCACUAUGCACUAUGCCUGCUUGCCGGAGGGAGACCAGAUUCGUCAUGUUCAGUAUAUCUGCAUGACUCCACGUCGCUUCGCUACGCCAGAGGCGUUGGAGCUGAAGAAGCAGUGCUUCGAGAACUUUACGGGGACUACGCACUGGCCGCAUUGCAAUAUCCGUCCCACGAAGGAAAAGCCUAUGCGUGAUGGUGAAGUCUGUCCCAAGGAUCGGAGCGAGCCGUUCGAGAAGCCAGAAUUGACGGAUACGGUCUUGAGAUUGGCGGGAGUCAAGGAAUACUAG